CAUAAUUCUCUUUUCACUACGCUCUCUCUCUCUCUCUCUCUCUAUUCCUGUUUUCCCCUUUUUCUUUUUCUCUUCUCUUCUUCCAUCACUUCAUCAUCAUCAUCAGCAUCAUCUUCUCUUCUUACUGUUAUUGCCCACAGGGAGGAGAUAAAUAAGAAGAAACCCGCAUCAAAAUUUAUAUCUUUCAUGGAUCCACAGAUCUAAUCCUCUUUUCACUUUCAGAUCUUCCUUCACCACAAUCAACGCUAUAGGUUUUGGGUGGUAUUGCCAGAAUCCCAUCGCCCGCAGUUUCUGCUGUUCGAAGACGAAUAGAUAUAUAAUUGAGUUCUAUUUGGGCCAAAGUUACCUUGCGUGCUCAUUAGAUGUGGAUAAUCUGGAGGGUGGUUUGGAUGAGAUGAGGGAUGUUAUCUGGGUUAAUGAACUUUUUGAGGGCCUGUUUUCGGCCAAGGGCAGAUCGAUAUGUUCACACAGGUUCGGAUGCCAGUGGUCGGCAAGAUGGGCUUCUCUGGUACAAGGAUUCGGGGCAACAUUUUAAUGGAGAGUUUUCAAUGGCUGUAGUUCAAGCAAAUAAUUUACUAGAGGAUCAGAGCCAACUUGAAUCGGGUUGUUUGAGCUCAAAUGAUUCAGGACCCUAUGGCACUUUUGUGGGGAUUUAUGAUGGACAUGGUGGUCCGGAGACCUCUCGAUUUAUCAACGAGAACCUCUUCCAACAUCUAAAGAGGUUCACAGCGGAGCAUCAAUCUAUGUCGGUGGAGGUUAUUCGGAAGGCAUUUCAAGCGACAGAAGAUGGUUUCUUCUCAGUUGUUAGCAGACAAUGGCCCAUGAAACCACAGAUUGCAGCAGUUGGCUCUUGCUGUCUUGUAGGGGUCAUCUGCGGUGGAACUCUUUAUGUUGCCAACCUUGGUGAUUCCCGUGCUGUUUUGGGGAGACUUGUCAAGGCUACAGGGGAAGUACUAGCUAUUCAACUCUCAGCUGAGCAUAAUGCGAGUAUUGAGGCUGUGAGAGAGGAGCUGCAGUCUCUACACCCUGAUGACUCACAAAUUGUAGUUCUAAAGCAUAAUGUAUGGCGCGUGAAGGGUCUUAUACAGGUCUCCAGAUCAAUUGGAGAUGUGUAUCUAAAAAAGGCUGAAUACAACAGGGAACCAUUAUAUCAAAAGUUUCGACUUCGUGAACCUUUCAAAAGACCGAUUUUGAGUGCAGAACCAUCAAUUACAGUGCACCAGUUGCUGCCUCAUGAUCAGUUCAUUAUAUUUGCAUCAGAUGGCCUUUGGGAGCACCUCACCAACCAAGAAGCAGUUGAUCUAGUCCAAAAUCAUCCGCGCAAUGGGAGUGCUAGGAGGUUAGUUAAAGCAGCACUGCAAGAGGCAGCAAAGAAGAGGGAGAUGAGGUACUCAGACUUGAAAAAAAUUGACCGUGGAGUUCGCCGACAUUUCCACGAUGACAUUACAGUCGUCGUUGUGUUUCUCGACUCACACCUUGUGAGCAGGGCUAGUUCAGUCCGUAGUCCUAAUGUAUCUGUGAAAGGCGGCGGCAUCAAUGUCCCUCCCAACUUUCUUGCACCUUGCACCACGCCGACAGAACCGGUGGCAACUUGAAAAUCUGCUGUCACUAAUGUUAUUACCUGUUGUACUAUUCCUCAUGUGAAUACUGGUAGCUCCUCCUUACAAGAUAAGAGCAGCCCUUGAAUUCUUUAAUGCACACUGUAACUUUUAACUGAAGACUAAUACUUGGCAUAGUUCAAAUGCCCAAGAGAGAGAGAGAGAGAGAGAGAGAGAGAGACUGGAAAGGAAAAGUGGACUUGAAGGUGACAAUCAGAUAUAGCUAUAUGUUUUCUUGGCAGAUGUUCCUACACUUGUCUUUAUCAUCCUUGUUAUUUUAAUGUAUUUGCUCUUGUAAAUCCAGUGACCUUGAGGCUAAAAAUGACCUGAUUAAUUCAUGUUUAGUUUCAGCUAUGAAGAUCACUCGAAGCUGCUUGUGGAUGAAUGAGAAGUAAUAUAUAUGUUUCUCCU